CCGGCGAUUCGAAGUGUUAGCGGGAGGAAGUUGCUGUUGUAGCGAACAGUGGAGAAUUUAAUAUAAGCUUUUGAGUAAAUGCUACUUUAAAUAACAUACUAGUAAAUAUCAUUGUUAAAACAGAAGUCACCUCCAUGCUUGAUGAAAACAUUGUACGGGAGAGAAUACGAUAUAUCUGUUAUUUAAUCUCAGUAACAGCGUCUAUUAUCAACUAGCAUAGCCUACUGAAUGUUUACAAAACCUACCGCGAAACUGUUCAGAUAGUUUCCUCAUAUCAGUUAAAAUUUUUAGUUCAAGUCAGCCAUUGACCGACCUUGGGUGUAAAGAUGGAUGUAUCGACCUGUUUGAAGUCUCUACUGUUGGCCAUUCGUCAGUACAGAAAUAACAGAAGCGCAUUAAAUGCAUCACAGCUGCAGAAACACAUUGAAGAUGUUUCAGGGCUGAAAUGUGGCGGAGUGCUGUUUUCAGGUCAGGUGCUGCCCAGCGAGUGUCUGAGUGGACUCAUGGAAGUAGCUGGAGAUCCCAACACCAGUCACGCACUGACGGGAUCCAUUAUAUCCCUGCUGGCACAGUUCGCUUCUGAUGGUGAGGCUAAAGAAGCUCUUCACAGCAGCUACAACUUCACUGGCACUCUGGCAUCCAUAAUCCACUGCAACAGAAGCACACCAGAAGAGCCUCUUGUGCUGCAGUGCCUUAAUGUGCUGCAGCGACUGACCUACAGUGUGAGGACUCAGCAUUGUGCCUCUCACAUCCAUGAACUCAUCAGCUUCCUAAUGCAACAUGUCCAGUCAAGUAAUGAUGACAUUGUAAAGGCCUGCUUGGGCCUGAUGGCCAACCUCUGUCGACAUGACAUCUCUGUGCAGUCACACAUCAAAUCUCAGAGUAAUGUGAAGGCUUUCUACAGAGCCUUGAUUAAUUUCCUGGGUCACAAUUGUCUGACUGUGGUCGUGUUUGCUCUGUCCAUAUUAUCAAGUUUGACUCUAAAUGAAGAAGUUGGGCAGAAGCUGUUUAAUGCAAAGAACAUUCAUCAGACCUUUCAAGGGAUAUACCAACAUUACAAAUCUGGACAUACUUUAAAUUGUUUUAUGUCUUAUUUUGAGGCGAUCGAUUCCUCUCUGUGCAGCUCAGCUCAGUCAUUUUUAGAGCUCCUCCUGCAGGAGGUGUUGGUUUUGCUUCAGUCUCCAGACUCCACUGAAGGAGAGCAGCUGCUAAAGAAACACUGUCUACGUGCAGGCCGUGUCGUUGACUUUCUGCUAGUGCUUUGCGGCGAUGAUGCUCUAAGGUUGUUGGUGUCCCAGCGGCUCAGUCCUGAAGUGUGUGUCUCACAGGUGGAGCUUCUGCUGUCCUACAGUCAGGACCUCUCUGGGUCCACCUAUACUACCUCCAACUGCCAGCUCAGUCAGGUGUGCUCUAAAGUGAUACUGAAGACUCUAGAACUGAUGAGCCACCUUAGACAGCAGAUGCCAGACAUGGAGACGUCCUUCUACAGGAUCUUACAGGACCAGCGCAUGGUGACACCUCUCUCAUUAGCUAUGACCUCGAACUGCAGAGAGCAUGUGCAGGUCGCCCUAAGCAUACUUUUUGAAGCGGCCCCACUCCCCGACUUCCCCUCUGUCAUUCUGGGGGACAGUAUUGCUGCCAAUAAUGCAUACCGUCAGAAGGAUAGUGAGUUGUCGAUCCGGAGCAGUCCUGCUAGCGAAGAUGUGCCUUUUGUGGGGAAGAGUUUUCCCAUGAUGCAUGCCGAACCUUCUGGUUCUGCUUGCCAAAGUAUCGACAGCCUCAUCGAGAAGCUUCAGAACGGAGUGGAGUUACAGGAGAAGGUCAAAGAUGUACACAUGUCAGAGAUCAUUGAUGUGUAUGAACAGAAGCUUUCAGCACUAGCGUGUAAAGAGAGCCGUCUGCAGGACCUUUUGGAGGCCAAAGCACUUGCGCUGUCACAGGCGGAUCGACUGAUUGCUCAAUACCGCUGUCAGAGAGCUCAGGCGGAAGCUGAGGCACGUAAAUUGGCAUCUCUACUCAAAGACACGGAGCGGAAGAAAGAGGAUCUGCAGACAGAGUUGAAUGAUCAUCUGUUGGAGGUCGAGAGACUGAAAUCUGACAGCCAGCAGCUCCUGGAGCACAACGGCCGUCUGCAGGAAGUCGCUGACCAGCACCAGGAGCUGAAGGGCACCUACAACCAGCUGCUCACUAGGUACGACAAAAGUGAAGGGAUGCUGAAGGAACUGCAGGCUGCCCAUAUCUCACUCACCCAGCAGGCCGAGGGGCUGAGAAAGACCAAUGAGGGAUUAAAACUCCAACAGGAGAGGACUCUUGCAGAGAUGGCAGAACAAGAACAGCAGAUAAAGGUCCUAAAGACAGACGUGCUGGAGAAAGAGAGAACAAUAACAGGUUUUCAGAAUGAUCUGAGGAGACAAGAAGAGCAGAUCCAUGAGAUGGAGGAGAAUAUUUCCGUCCUCAGGAAAGAGCUGAAUAAGACAGAGCAAGCCAGGAAGGACACCAGCAUCAAGGCUUCCUCUCUGGAGCUGCAGAAAUCCCAGCUAGAGACCAAGCUGGAGAAGAUGGAGGAAGAGCUGAGCAAACACACACAAAUGAUUGCCAUGAUACACAGUCUCAGCAGCGGCAAACUCAAGGACAUCACUGCCAACCUCUCUCUGUGACAUGUACAUAUUCAUGUAUACGCCAUCAAGCCAUGAAAUACUUCACUUGCUUCAUGAAAUAAGAAAAACUUAUUUUAUCUGUAUGUUUGGUCACUUUUUGUCUGUACACUUUGUAUGUUUUCUUUAACAUUUUCAUGAGUGAAUGAAUAAAUGUCUAAGUAAUGCAUAUGUCUAUUAAAUUUAAUUUAUCUGCUUUCAUUUUGGAUGACAUUCAUUAUUGAAAUUAUUCAGAUAUUGAAGUAAUGUGUAGAUUUUUGAAUGUCAGUCUUUGGCCACCAGAGGGUACUGUACAAACUGUUUAAAGAUUGUGACGAACUAUUUAAAUAUUUUUUUCAAUAAAUAAGACUACUUGUCUACUCUCCCUAAGAGAAAAUGUUCAGUGAUCAUUCCUUCAGUUUCACAAUGAUAACAAUGUUUCACAGCUGAAA